GCUUCCGAAGAAGUCGCACCGGUUUUUCGAGCUCCGCUCGGGGCGAGCCGCCGCAGCGGGCGCGGGUGCCGUGGCCGUGGCCCGAGGAGCUACCAUACUCCGGCCCUACCCCAUUCUCAGAGAGGAUCUUCGAGGAGACUGAGUGUUGGCAGCUGCAAGGACCAACGUGUGAUCCAGCGUGCAACCUUCUGCAGUGGAGGGAUGGUAACGCCUUCGGAGGGAAGGAGAGUCCUGCCGUGAAUGUGGUACCGAUACAGGAGAUCCCUGCAUGGGAACACGGGGACCCAGACGGCCCGCUUCUGCCUUUAUGAGUAUAUCGAACCAAUGCUGAGAGUCCAUGUUGACCUUGGGAACAGAAGGAUCUAAAAAAGUUAAGUUUCCACAACGAACAAGAACUUUAUCACCUUUGUUUUGAUCUGAAAGACUGGGUACGAUGGAUGUCAUAGAGACAGCAAAACUUGAAGAACAUUUGGAAAAUCAAACCAGUGAUGCUACAAACACUUACACGAGUCCAGCUGAGCCUGUUGAAGAAGAAACCAAAAGUGGCAAUGGUAAACCUAAGAGCAUAUCCAGUGGGUUGCGAAAGGGCGCCAAAAAGUACCCGGACUACAUCCAAAUUGCUAUGCCCACUGACUCCAGGAACAAGUUUCCCCUCGAGUGGUGGAAAACAGGCAUCGCCUUAGUGUAUGCACUCUUCAACCUUGUCUUGACGACUGUCAUGAUCACAGUUGUGCAUGAGAGGGUCCCUCCCAAGGAGCUCAGCCCUCCACUCCCAGACAAGUUUUUUGAUUACAUCGAUCGGGUGAAAUGGGCAUUUUCUGUAUCAGAAAUAAAUGGGAUUAUAUUAUUUGGAUUAUGGGUCACCCAGUGGCUGUUUCUGAGAUACAAGUCAAUAGUGGGGCGCAGAUUCUUUUUUAUCAUUGGAACUUUAUACCUGUAUCGUUGUAUUACAAUGUAUGUCACUACUCUACCCGUUCCUGGAAUGCAUUUCCAGUGUGCUCCGAAGCUCAACGGAGACUCUCAGGCAAAAAUACAGCGGAUUCUACGGUUGAUUUCUGGUGGUGGAUUGUCUAUAACUGGAUCACACAUCCUGUGUGGGGACUUCCUCUUUAGCGGUCACACAGUUACGCUGACACUUACCUAUUUGUUCAUCAAAGAAUAUUCACCUCGGCACUUCUGGUGGUAUCACUUAGUGUGCUGGCUGCUGAGCGCUGCCGGGAUCAUCUGCAUUCUCGUAGCGCACGAGCACUAUUCUGUGGAUGUGGUCGUGGCCUACUACAUCACCACCCGGCUGUUUUGGUGGUACCAUUCCAUGGCCAAUGAAAAGAACUUGAAGGUCUCUUCCCAGACAAAUUUCUUGUCUCGAGCUUGGUGGUUUCCCAUCUUUUAUUUCUUUGAAAAAAACGUUCAAGGCUCAAUUCCUUGCUGCUUCUCCUGGCCACUGUCCUGGCCUCCUGGCUGCUUCAAAUCAUCGUGCAAAAAGUACUCGCGAGUCCAGAAGAUCGGCGAGGAUAACGAAAAGUCUACGUGAGGAGCCAAACGGGCAGCAGCUCUUCCACCAAGAAUUCCAUGCUGUAACCAAAGGGUUAGCUUUGUAUUUAGUUAAAAGAACUGACUGGGAUAUGAAGCGGACCAAACCUUGUGCAAACGAUUGGAAAGAUGAACGAAGUGUUACCUUUUGACUAGUUUUUUAUUCAUCCCAAGAAAGAUAUAUUUUCCUGCAGCUUUUCAUUGGUGACACCCCCAAACUGCGAUUUUUAAAAGGUGCCAAAGAACAUAGUUCUCCUCCUUUCUGCACUAGAACCCUCCACUGCAGCGUUCUUGCAGGAUUUCUUUUCCUUCCAGGUCAGAAGAAUGUUCAUGUUUUAAAUAAAAUAUCUGAAUGUCUAUAGCCACGGUGUAGAUACAGUAACCUGAGGGUGAGGGUGGGUUUUAGCAUGGGGCUUAAGGAGGGCAAUCCACAGCCGGGAGUUAAGUUCAAGUGUAGUUGUGUUUCUGCCUUGUCUGGGAAGGUUAGGGAAGUGGCUGGGAAUGCUCUCUGUGGCUGCCACCCAGUGCACCAUGUGUGACUUUUACACUUUUCUUUUUUCCUUUUAAUAUUAUUAUUA